AUGGUUGUGAACGAUAUCAAAGGACCAGGAUUUCUCUUUCUCAGUGGACCCGGCAUUGUGGGGAACGUCUUUGUUGCUGUGAAUUACAUGUGCAUUUUCUUUUGGGACACUAAAAAGAAAUCUACACAUCUAAUUCUCAUCCACUUGGCUUUUACAAAUAUCAUAAUCCUUUUUUCCAAGGUAAUGCUAAAAACAAUAGACAUUUUUGGCUGGAGAAACUUACUGGAUGGCACAGCCUGUAAAAUCCUUGUGUACAUGGAGCGGGUGGCCCGGGGUCUUUCAAUCUGCACCAGCAGCUUCCUGACUGUGGUCCAGGCCAUCACCAUCAGCCCCAGAGCCUCUGCACGUGUCACCUUCAAGCCAGCAUCUACAUGGUGUAUCCUUCCCUUUUUCCUCCUCUUCUGGGUACUCAAUUCCUCGGUCAGCGUGAACUUACUCUAUUACAUCAAAAACGUCAGAAGGCUAAACAGAUCACAAAUUGGUGAAAAUGAUGGCUACUGUUAUUUCCUACCAGCAAGCCAGAUGAUGAAGUGGAUUUUUCUCAUUCUCAUGGUCCUGAGAGAUUUCCCGUUUCUGGGUCUGAUGGGCUGGGCCAGUGUCCACAUGGUACACGUUCUCUAUAGGCACCACCAGCAUGCCCGCUACCUGCAGAAAUCCAAGGUUCUCUACCACAAACCCCCUGAGAUAAGAGCUGCUCACAGUGUUCUCCUGCUGAUGCUUUCUUUUCUUUUCUUUUAUUUGAUAGAUUGUAUUAUUUUAUUAUGCUUGAAUUCCUUCUUAGAGAAUAAUUCUUCCCUGUUACAUAUUCAAGAAUUUCUAACUCUUGGCUAUGCAAUUGUCAGCCCGUUCGUGCUGAUUCACAGAGAUCGACACGGGGUUGAAUGUUUGGCACACUUACCGAAACUAGAAAAAUGUCUGUUUUGUCAUUGCUCCUUUCAAGUUGACACUCGGGAACUCCUGGCUGUCUUAGAAGGAAGGACACGCAGGAGGUGGCUCGGGGACGUCCGGGGGACCUGGGCAUGGCCUGCUCCCAUACGAAUGGACCAAGAAGUGGACUGGAAAACUCGCCAUGGGGAAAAGGCAGGAUUGGCGCUCCCAGGAGUCAGGACAGCGGUCGAGAGGCGACAGCAGCAGCAUCUUGGGGUUCAGGCUCCUCGGCGCAGGGCCCCUAGCGGCGCAUGCGCGCAGGCGGUGGGCGUGGCCCGGCUGCGCGGGAACCUGGGGGCGACGACGGGUCCGAGCGCGGCCGUGCUGCGUGUCUACUCCGUGUCCUCACCGCCUCGACGCUGCCGGGUGACAGUGCGCAGAGAAGACCCCUUAACUCGUGGGGCUCUUUUCCCGCUGCUCCGCCUCAGAGAAAUGGCCAAGCCCCAGCUGUUUCCAGCUGUGAUGAUGAAGCGUGGUUACAUGGCUGAAUUUGAAACCACUGUUGACCACAGUGCUGAGAAAAUUGUUGUGAACCUCACGGGCACGUUAAACAAGUGUGGAAUCAUCAACUCUCGAUUUGAUAUAAAACUGAAAGAUCUAGAAAAAUGGCAGAAUAAACUUCUCCUGUCCCACCAGUUUGGUUCCAUUGUCCUGACAACCUCAAGUUGGUAUCGUGGACCAGGAAGAAGCAAGAUGAAAACCAACAGGAGGAAAACUCCUGGGAUUCUUUUUCUAGGGAUGUAA